AUGGAUGAUGCUAACAAGCCACUCAAGAUAUUGAUGACAUCAAUGAUCGAUUUUGGUCAUCUCAACUCGUGUCUAGGAAUUGGUUACCUUUUGGUUAAACGUGGUCAUCAAGUGUAUCUCGCUCAUUUCCCAAAGAACAAGUCAAUCAUUGAAAAACAAGGAAUAAAAUUCAUUUCACUUUAUGAUUAUGCCGAUGAAGGUGCACAGUUGAGUGAUGCCGUACCUCGAAGUUCAAGCAAUUUUAAGCCUCGUUUUGAGCGGUCAUUGAAAAUGGAUCCACUUGAGGCUCUCAAAGAACAGAUUGCAACUGGUUCCAUCAAUACUGGUUUUGUCAACAUCCUUGAAAGAUACAAAGCUGAAAAUGUUGUUAUGCACAAAAUUGUUGAUCAACUAAAGCCAGACAUUUGUCUCUGUGAUUACCUUUACCCUUUACCCUGGAUGUUCACAGUCGACUGUCCAGUUAUACCAGUCAAGUCAACCAAUCCAGUUGGUCUUUACCGUGGUCCACCAUCAAACUCGGGAUAUUCUGUUAAAGAUUCAACAGAGCUUUGGGACGAGUUUAAAGCUCUCAAUGAAAAAGUAAACCAACCAAUUUUGGAUAAGGUUAAUGAAAUUUUUCAACUAUUCAAUGUUCAAUUUAUCCACCGAGAUCAUGUUAAAUACUUUGGAAUCUACAUCUAUCCUGGCCCAUUGGAUUACCAUGAAUUGGCUCCACCAAAAGAGAAGUGGGUUCGACUUGAUUCAGCUUUACGAGAACAUGAUGCAACUGAGUUUGAGUUACCAGAGAAACUGAAAGAUAAACCAGGAAAAUUGAUUUACAUCUCAAUGGGAACUUUGAUCUCAGCUGUAACUGAGCUACUAACCAUGAUAUUGACUCCAUUGGCCAACUCACCUCAUCGUUUCAUCGUCUCAACAGGCCCUAAUGGUGAUUCGAUUAAGCUUCAUGAUAACAUGUGGGGAGACAAGUUUGUCGAUCAAGUUGCUCUUUUACCCAAAGUCGAUCUAUUCAUAACUCAUGGAGGAAGCAAUUCGCUGAUUGAAGGCUUAACCGCUGGUAAACCAUUGAUAGUCAUUCCUCAAUUCGGUGAUCAACCGGACAAUGCUCAACGAGUAGCUGAUCUUGGUUUAGGUGUGAGGUUAAACUUGCAUGAAUUUAGUGGUGAGAAGUUACUCAAAGCGAUAGAAGAUGUGCUCAACAAUAAAGAGAUUCAUUUAAAUGUCGCUAGAGUGAGUGAAGAGCUGAAAAAAUCUGGUUCAAAAGAAAAAGUUGUUACGCUUAUUGAAAAACUUGCUCGAAACAAAAGACUUUGA